GAGGAGGUGUCUGCUGCAAGUUCCUGGCUGCUUGCGAGCUCACCCCAUCCUCCGAGAGGGAGGAGGCCAAGUGGUGAUGCUGCUGCUUCUGUCGCCUCUUCUGCUGCUACUCUAGCGGGGCUGGAAGGGUGGUUCCUGUUCGCACCGUCGCCGACCGGAGAGGGAGUGGAGGAAAAAAAAGAAAAAAUCCAAGCCGCAGCUGCUGAUGUUGGAUUUCGAGGCUGCAUCCGACUGGGUCGCAAAGAAAAUGGAUUCAGUUUGCACCUCUCCCUCCUUUCAGCAGCGUCGCCGGCUCUCCGCAGGGGCUUCCAAGGCAGCGGCUGAGGAGACCUUGUCAAAGAGCACCACGCAGUAGAUGCUGAAGCACCGCACUCCGGGUUAAGAAGCAGUAACAUGGCAGCCCCCGUUUGAAAGGAACUAAGAACCAACAGACCCCAUUUCAAAAGGAACAAUGUCCAAGAAAGGGCGAAAUAAGGGCGAGAAGCCCGAGGCACUCGUCGUUGCCCUUCAAGCUGCCAAUGAAGACCUCAGGACAAAGCUCACAGACAUCCAGAUAGAGCUACACCAAGAGAAGUCCAAGGUGUCUAAGCUGGAAAGAGAGAAGACUCAAGAGACAAAGCGGAUCCGUGAGCUGGAGCAGCGCAAGCACACAGUCCUGGUGACGGAACUCAAAGCCAAGCUCCAUGAGGAGAAGAUGAAGGAGCUGCAGGCGGUGAGGGAGAAUCUCAUUAAACAGCACGAGCAGGAGAUGGCAAGGACGGUGAAGGUGCGGGACGGGGAGAUCCAGAGGCUCAAGUCGGCCAUGUGCGCUCUCCGGGAUGGCAGUAGUGACAAAGUAAGGACAGCGCUCACCAUUGAGGCCCGGGAGGAGGCCAGGAAACUGUUCGAUGCGGAGCGCCUUAAGCUCUUACAGGAAAUUUCGGACCUGAAAACUGCCAAGAAGCAGGUAGACGAGGCUCUGAGCAAUAUGAUCCAGGCGGAUAAAAUCAAGGCGGGGGACCUGCGGAGUGAGCAUCAGUCCCACCAGGAAGCCAUCUCCAAGAUCAAGUGGGAGUCGGAGCGGGAUAUCCGGAGGCUGAUGGAUGAAAUCAAGGCCAAGGACAGGAUCAUCUUUUCCCUGGAAAAGGAACUGGAGACCCAAACUGGCUAUGUGCAGAAACUCCAGCUGCAGAAGGAAGCUUUGGAUGAACAACUCUUUCUGGUCAAGGAGGCCGAGUGUAAUAUGAGCAGUCCAAAACGAGAGAUUCCAGGCAGAGCCGGAGACGGCUCGGAGCACUGCAGCAGCCCUGAUUUACGAAGAAAUCAAAAAAGAAUAGCCGAAUUGAAUGCCACUAUACGAAAAUUAGAAGACAGAAAUACUUUGCUUGGAGAUGAACGAAAUGAAUUGUUAAAACGCGUGCGGGAAACUGAAAAACAGUGUAAACCUCUUCUGGAAAGGAACAAGUGCCUCGCCAAGAGAAACGAUGAACUGAUGGUAUCUUUGCAGCGCAUGGAAGAGAAACUGAAAGCCAUCACGAAGGAGAACUUAGAAAUGAGAGAAAAAAUAACAUCCCACCCACCCUUGAAGAAAUUAAAAUCUUUGAAUGACCUUGACCAAGCUAAUGAAGAGCAAGAAACAGAGUUUCUAAAACUUCAGGUCAUUGAGCAACAGAACAUCAUUGAUGAACUCACAAGGGACCGAGAAAAGCUCAUCCGUAGGAGAAAGCAUAGAAGAAGUUCCAAACCAAUUAAGAGGCCUGUUUUGGACCCCUUUAUUGGCUAUGAUGAGGACUCGAUGGAUUCAGAGACAUCCUCCAUGGCCUCGUUUAGAACAGACCGGACACCAGCUACUCCUGAUGAUGACUUGGAUGAAAGUUUAGCUGCUGAAGAAUCUGAGCUACGAUUUCGACAGUUAACUAAAGAAUACCAGGCCCUCCAAAGAGCAUAUGCCCUCCUGCAGGAGCAGACUGGAGGCAUCAUUGAUGCAGAAAGGGAAGCCAAGGCGCAAGAACAACUCCAAGCUGAGGUGCUAAGAUAUAAAGCCAAAAUUGAAGAUCUGGAAGCAACCCUGGCUCAAAAGGGGCAGGAUUCACACUGGGUAGAAGAUAAGCAACUUUUCAUUAAGAGAAACCAGGAGCUUUUAGAAAAGAUAGAAAAACAGGAGGCAGAAAAUCACCGAUUACAACAGGAACUACAAGAUGCCAGAGACCAAAAUGAGCUGCUGGAAUUUCGAAACCUAGAACUGGAAGAAAGAGAGAGACGAUCUCCUCCAUUUAAUCUGCAAAUCCACCCAUUCUCAGACGGUGUGAGUGCUCUACAGAUAUACUGUAUGAAAGAAGGUGUCAAGGAUGUAAAUAUUCCGGAUCUCAUAAAACAGCUUGAUAUCUUGGGUGAUAAUGGGAAUUUAAGGAAUGAAGAACAAGUGGCCAUAAUUCAGGCUAGUACUGUGCUGUCCCUGGCAGAAAAGUGGAUCCAGCAAAUUGAAGGAGCAGAGGCUGCCUUGCACCAGAAAAUGAUCGAACUGGAAAGUGAUAUGGAGCAGUUCUGCAAAAUAAAAGGCUACCUGGAAGAAGAACUAGACUACAGAAAACAGGCUCUCGAUCAAGCAUAUAUGAGAAUCCAGGAACUAGAAGCUACCCUGUACAAUGCUCUGCAGCAAGAAACUGUUAUCAAGUUUGGUGAAUUGCUAAGUGAAAAACAGCAAGAGGAGCUUCGAACAGCAGUAGAAAAGUUGCGGCGGCAGAUGCUGAGGAAGAGCAGGGAGUAUGACUGCCAGAUUCUGCAGGAAAGAAUGGAGCUCUUACAGCAGGCGCAUCAGAGAAUUCGUGAUUUAGAAGAUAAAACAGAUAUACAAAAAAGACAGAUAAAGGACUUAGAAGAAAAGUUUCUGUUUCUAUUCUUGUUCUUCUCUCUUGCCUUUAUUCUAUGGCCUUGAUGUCAAGGUGCCUCUUAAAGAGUAACCGAAAACACGGAUAAGACCCCAGAAAGGCAAAUGCUUCUAAACCUUCAAAGAUGGCAAAAAUGUUUACACCAGUAAGAGGGAGAUCAAAAGCUAAGAACUGCUCUGUAGCCAGGACUACAGCUGUGCAUUUUAAAGCCAUUCUUCGAGGUUUCUUACUUGACAGUUCCUACAUGACCCUGUUGAGAAUUACAAUAUAUGCUGCAUUUAAUGAAACAUGUAUAUGUCAAACCAGAAGAAGAGAACUAUAAACAUAUAUUGUGUAAAGAAAAAAAAUCAACAAUGGAACCAGUUUCAGCAGAUCAAGCAAAAAUGUGUCUUGGGCAUGGAACCAAAGUUACAAAAACAUUCUACUCCUGCUGUGCAGGGGGGUCAUUUUAAUGUAACACAACAUCCCAUGGAAAUACUAGUCCUGAAAUAAACAUCAUUUUAAAAAAAUCAAAACAGAGACAAGGGAGGGUGGGGAAUGAAGCACGAAUACUUAUGAGGAGCUAUUUACAAUAAAAUAUUUCAUUUGAAAAGUCUGGUUUCUUACUACAGGGAUUCGCUUUUCUGUCUUUAUUAUUGUUUUAAACUCAGGAACAGAGACAUCUGCAAUGUGAAUAGGAAGAAAAGCAUUUGGUUUCCCUGCUAAAGGUGGAGUUUGUGGAAUUCAGAUGACAGAGGAUCGCUGUUACCAACUAAACUGGCAACCAAGACCAAGAACACACAGAAGAACGUUAACAUAGAAAUAAAAGUGGAAUUGAUGCUUCUUUGGCCUUCUAUCACAUCUGUGUUCCUCCACAAACAACAGACUAAUCUCAUUCAUAUUGAAAAUUAAGAAGAUUAUGCUCUAAAUCACAAACUCCCUGACUUAGUUCUGUUUAGAAUGCCAACAUCUAUAGGGGACACAGGCCACAGAGCAUUUCAUAAGUCUUUUAAUUUCCAGAAUACUGGAUUUUCAAAUGGCUAUUUAAAAUUGCCUGCAAAUAAAUACAUUAUAUGAUAAAGGCAAUAAGUAAACUUCUGCUGAUACUUGAGUUUGCCACAGAGUUGUGAAUAUUAAAGCGUGAUUAUUUUUUUUAAAGUAUCCUGAUAUACCCAGAGCAUUCUGACCUCUUGUAUACAUUUUUCCAGAGAGCUGACAGUACAAGAUUUGCUCUACUUUUUUUAAUAUAUAUAUGAAUAACAUUGUGUUACCAAUGAGGUCAUUUUCUAACAGAGACAAUGAGAAGACUAAUACUUUUCCCAAGUUAUGUAAAAAUAGUCUUGGUCUCAUAACUGAGUAAAUAAAUACUCCUGAAAAUCAGAUUUUACAGUUAAUUUACCAUAGGUGAGAAAAAAAUCAAUUUUCCAAGUUAUCAAGGUUUAAUUUCUAGGGCUAGAAUGCCUAUGCUUAGUGUGUGUUGGAAACCAGAAACUUCCUUGGAAAUCCUUCUGGACAUGAGUUUGGUACCAUAUGCUUUGGCUUUAGCACUGGUAAUUUUAAAGCCAGACCAAUAAAUGAAGAAUGGGGGGGAGCUAAAAUUCUGGGGCCCCACUUUUGUUCUUAUUUUUGUUACUCUCUCCAGGUAUCAUUGGCCAGUCACUUAACCUCUCUGUGCCUCAGUUUCCUCAUCUGCAAAAUGAGGUUGAAAUGCUUUUUCAUAAAGAUUUGGGGCUUUUCUUUUUGUUUUGGGUUUUUUUUUUUGUUUGCAAUUCUGGAACAAGAGGUGCUUCAAGUAGCACGAAGUGCUUUGUAAUCAUUAUGACUAUUAUAUUAUUUGAUAUUCUUGUUUGUUGAGAAAAAGUCCCCUGUGUAAUAAAAUAAGUUAGGUUUGGCUAGGUUCAGUCUACACAUGGCAGCACUGAAGCUACCCCAUCAAACUACCUGGGACAUUGCUAGCAAUAAAGAAUAAGAUAUCCAGAGCAGCUAAGAUCUCUAAUAAUCUAGAGCAAAUAGAUCAUCUCAUGCUAUUAAACAAGAUAGACAAGUGUGUUGUUUCUGUGAUAAGAAUCCGCAGGCUCCCCUGGUUGCCUAUGUAUGACGUAAUGCAAGCUCCACUAUUCACAGAGGAGAACCAGCAUAAAAUUAGAGCUUGAAGUGAACCAGUAGAAUCACAUAAAUAGCCUGGUUAUCCCUUCCAUUUGGAAGGAAAUUAUAAUGAUAUGUCCUCCUGAGAAAGUACCAAAAAAAAAAACUUGCACUAAAUUCUUUGCUCAAAAAGUUUCCAGAUUAAAUAUGAAUAGCAGAUUAAUUGUACAUGUAACAUAAAAGUGUGUGCCACUACAACUCCAAAAUCUUACAAAUUGGAAAAUAUUGGUCAAUUGAAAGAGGAAGUACUGCAGUCCUAUAUCUUAAAAUUUUCUCUUCUGUUGCUUUUCACUGGCCGUGCCUGAGUCCACCCGAGCAAAUUUCAUGCCCCGUCUGCUUCAAACAUAAUUUCUUGCUGUUUAUCUUGUUUUCCCAUGUAGAAAUUCAUAUGCAAUCACUAAUUAUGACAAAUGAUCAUAAAUAUUUUGAAAACUGGUGUAACUGAUACCUUAAACAUAUGAAUCAUAUAUUUUAUGCUACAUGAUUGUAGCAUACAUACAAUAUUACAUGAGGAUUAAUAUAUCCUAAGCAGCUUCCAUUGUAUUUUAAAAUAUAUUUAGGGCAAUUGCAAAAGGAGGGCUCAAUAUCCAACAGAUUAGCAAAUUUCUCUAGAUUUUAAGAUAAAGGGUGUUGUAUUUUUGCCAAGCCUCCCUCAUGACCUUCAAACUUAGGAUGUUAUUAGAUAAAGUUUAAUAAUUCUAUAGAUAUAGAUCUGUUAUUUAUUUCCACAAUUGUUUAAAAAAAAGCUUGCUAAAACAAAAGUAUGUCCAUGUUUCAGUCAAACAUGAAUCUAUGGGAAUGAACCAUAUCUAAAUGAGAACUUUUCUUGUAUAUUAUCUUCAGCAAUAGUGAGGAUAUCUGAAUAAUCACAGUGAGACCUAACUAAUCAUAUGGCUCCACUUCUUAAAAAAGAUAAGAUGCAAAAUUUAAGAUUAGUAUGGAGCAUAUCUAUCCUGGCACAUCUGGCCAAAGAGUUAAUAGCAAUCAAAGCAGCAUUCCUCAGGAUAUACUUGCUAAAUUUUUUGAACAUAAUAUUCAUCUACUGGAAAAUAACAUAACAAAUACUUUAAAAAUAGUUUGAAAUUAAAUUAUAUCCCUGAUUUAGCACUGUUAUUGAGAACAAAAAAUUCUACAUGAGAAAGGUAAAAAUAGACUAUAUUUAUGUGGCCCUUAUACUAGAAAACAUCACUAAUUUGACUUUUUAAUGCCACCCAAAUUUGGAAAACAUUAGAAACUUCUGGAAAUCAGUUUAAAAUCCCUUUAAACCUAUGUCAUAUAGAUAAGAUCAUUGUCAACAGUGAAGAUUUAGAAAUAAGAAGAUAAAUUUUGCUUUUAUUUUUCUUGUGCACAAACAACAGCUUUCAUAGAUGACCUGGGUCUUCAAUAGAGUAGAAAUAAUGUAAAGAGUUCACGGAUCAUCACUGACAUAGAAAUAAAGUUUUGCUAAAUAAUUUCUGCUAUAGUAUUUUAUUUCAACUUAUUUUUUUUUCAGUUUAAAAUAAAUCUGACAAAAUUGCCUUUUUUUGCUAAUUCAUUGACAGUUUUUUUCUGUAAAUUCAAUGUGUAAUUCUUAAGUUCACUGUCUUCAAUGUAUUUCAUAAGUUUGUUGUUUAAGAUGAACCCUAUGUUUCCAUGGAUAUUGUAAAGAUACUAUUCAUCAGUUUAUGUUAACAAUUAAAUGAUUAGAUUAUGUAUAUUAUGUCAAAACUUGGUGGCAAUUGGAGACUUUAAAAUAUUGGAUUUUCCUAUCCAGAAUAAUGCAUAAUAUAUAUACCUAUAUAUAUAUCCACAUACAUAUUUCCAUAUAUGUAUGUAAGGAAGAACCUAUGUUUGCAAGCUGAAUUGUUUUUUGCCCUUUUACCUUUUGUGAAACUUUCGUACGAAACACGGAAUAUUUUCAUAGAAUCUUGCAGGUUCAUUUAAUUCUAUCAUUUUAGUAAAUUAGGUGCACCCUUAUAUUUUAAAAGUUUAAUAUAACUUUUAGGAGAUUAGUAAUCAAAGCAAAUCUGAGCUGUUUGUCAUGAAUUAUUGAUUCCAGAAUGCCCCAAGCCUCUCUUCAAUAGGAUGUCUACUUUCCCAUGGGAAAAACGAAUGAAAGUUUAUGUUCUGUUCAAUUGACUUAGUGUCUAUGCUCUUGAGACUGAAUUCCAGGUAUAUAUUUUCCAGGCAAGAAGAUUCAGUCAUGAUAGAAGGUUGGAGCUGAUUAUUGAAAAGUCUCUUCUGAUGCCAAACUGAUUGCAUUUCAGUACUGGACAGGAGGAAUCCUUUGCUGCAUUUCGUUUGGCAGUUUUGUUCUUUCUAAAUAAAUCUGUUGUUGAAAGCUCAAGUCCAAUUUUAAUCAAAAUCGCUAAAAAUAUACUUCAAGGGCAACGUGCAAAAAUAAGAAGAUCACCAUUUUCUCUAUUCAUCAAAUUCAGAGGUGCAGGUUGUUGAUGGGGUGAGGUCCCCUGCUUUUGUAUUUUCAUAUUUUGCAUUGAGGUCUUUGUGCCAUACUAUAUUUGCAACUGUAUUGCAUCCAAGUUUUCGAUAUAGUGUGAGUAGUGUGGAUAAACGAUGCUGAGUCCACCUUUGCCUUUAACCAAGACUCCAUGAACUUGUGAAAGUGUGGGUAAGGUGUCUAAAAGCAGUUCCCCGGUAUCCAUGGAUAAUCACUAAUAUUUGAUUGACAGCUCACAAAAUGUGCCUAUUUACCCCCACUAAGCAUAACUUCCCACAAUGAGGCAGUUCAAAAUUCACUUUUAUAAGUGUGUGAUGUACAUAUGUACACUUAUGUAUUCUGUAUAUAGUAUAAUGUGAGCACUUACUAAAUGUGUACUCUGUCCUAGGAUUGAGGACAUGUGAGAUUUUUCUGAUGCUGCUGAGUAACUCACCUUUCUGUUUAUCACCUUGUCUCUGCUCUUCUCCUUGCCUGAUGACUUUUAUUUCACCUCUGUUCAAACUACUGUUUUCUAUUGUUGACCAAGAUUGGUUUUCCAGUUGUCCAGAUCCAGUCAAGGAGUGAUGCCACUGGCUUUCUGGAAAAAGCAACAGAAAGUUCAGCACAAUCGACAGUAUUCAUAUUAGCCAAAAAUGCCACAUUUUUGUCAGCUAACACUCCCAUCCCUGGGAGAGUUUGUGCUUGCUUUACUUUCAAGAUGCAAUUCUGCCCGGAUUCAUACAUCGAGUGAUGGGUUUGAAUAUACUGUACCCCCAGUGUCUACUAGAUUGUUGUAGCCAGGGGCCAAUUUCUCAGAGCUUUUCUCCAAUCAUUUGCCUCAGUUAGCGUUCCCUCUCUCCAUCUCAUUAGCAUGACUCCAUAUCCUGCUUCAGUGCUUGUUUAUUAAUGAAAGAAAAAUAUGAAUUGGUUGAAUUUCACCAGAAUUAUCCUCUGAAGUACAUGGAACAUGUACUGUAGGUAUUACCGUAGAAAUGUAAUCAACUUAAUGUACGUAAAGUUUUAUGAAUGGUUAUUUUAUAAUUUAUGUAUUUAAUAUAGGAAUCAAUGAACCCUGGUGUUUUAGUUUAUAUAAAAAUAAAAAAAGCUGCAUUUUUUAAAACUUUA